AUGGCCGAAACUAACAAGCGGCGAGGCAUUCCAACCGAGAUUCUGAACGACAUCGCCCGCAAAAUCCCCGACUUCCGUGCCUUGUGCACCUUCGCGCGGUGCAACACUCUCACCUACAAGAUAGCCAACCCGCUACUCUGGGAACGAGAGGUGCUACGGAGCAAGGGCAAGCCGGCGCUCUACUGGGCCAUCGAGAACAACGACCAUGCUACCAUCACCAAGGCGCUCGAUAUGUACGCUUCGGCCGGUGCGACUGGGUUGCUCGACGGCACGGGUGUCGACUUUGAAAGCUUUUGGUGGGCCGAUGGCCGCGGCGCCAUGAAGAACAUGCUCUCGCCUGCCAUGCUGGCGGUAGAGGUUGGGACGCUGGAGACGCUGCGGCUCAUUGUCACACACCCGGCCGGGUGCAACCUCAACAUGCGGCGAACGCCCGGGUCUGACAGCUGGGGUACAGCGCAUCUCGUGUCCUGCCAAUUCAAGUCGCAGCACCUCGAAGUACCAUGCCGCUGCUGGCUGCACAAGGAGUGCGAGAGAUACACGUGCAAAAGGUGGGACAGGAUCGGUACCUUUAUGGACUUUAUGUGCUGUGAGACGGCACUGCACUUGGCCAUCAAGGCGCAGAGCACGGCGAAGUUGCGGUUGUUGCUGGACGCUGGGGCGGAAUUGCCCUCCCCCGAUGAUAUCUGGCACCGGUGUAGGGCUACCACACUCGAGGAGCUUGUAGAGGCUAGCUUUCGAGGGACUUUUGCCGAAGGCGGGAUGGUGCACCAGGAUAUGAUGAAUAUAGUCAAGGCACAUAACGAACGCCGAGAAAUCCUGGCCGCCCUUGAAGAAUAAUCAC